AUUAUUGGAUAUCUUAAAAGAUCACAAUAGACUAAGCACUCUAUCUCGCUCACACCCGCUUGAACAGUUGCUACCUCGCGCUCGCACCUACAGCGGGCUCUCAAUGUGUCUGGCAAGAUGUAAGAACCAUUAAAACUGUCCGGCUAUUGGGGUAACAUAUUUUUAUAAGUCCCUAAGUAACAUAUAUAAAAUUUAGCUUUUAUAGUAUAACGAAAGUAUAAUUAAAAUUUAUUAAAGUUUAGGGGUGUCUGGCAGGGGGUAACAACUGGAAAAAGUGUCCGGCAACGGAUAUCGUGAUUUCUAAAGAUAUUCUGGAGUAAAUAUUUAAAAAAAAAACCUUUAUACUUUAACGAAUUUAAGGUACUAUUUUAUAUACCUUUACUGCCUGUUACCUGCCCAAGUAACCACAAUCGAAACUCUAUAAUCGCGGGUCGUUCUUACCUGUGUUGGAGACAUACACAGAGAAACUUUCAGCUUUUAUAAAAUAACGAAGGUCUGGCUGUCGCGGGCUCUUGGGCUAGAAUAUUAGAGAUCCUAUCGAUAAGAGACGAUUACGGCUGAGUGACAAUGCAUAUCAGACUAAUUUGAUUUAACAGAGAUUGUCGCUCCGUUAUCAUUUUGAGCUACAGGUCCUAACUAUAUAAAUAUCUGACAGCGUCCAAACAGCACAUUCCCAGUGCAAGUAUGCUGCGAUUGGUUGCUCUGUUAGGCUUGUUGUCGGCGGUGGCUGCCCGGUUGAGGAUAGACCCGCUGGUUGAUACUCAGCGGGGACUCAUCAGGGGACUGAGGUCUGAAAAUGGAAAGUUCGCGAAGUUUUUGGGCAUACCGUACGCACUAGUUGAUGAGAACAAUCCUUUUGGGCCAUCAGUACCACACCCUGGAUUCGAAGAGACAUUCGAAGCGUACGAUGAUUCCGUAGUUUGUCCUCAAGUUACUAAGGGCGUCGGAGUUGGUAGUCUCCAGUGUUUGAACCUGAACGUUUAUGUCCCAAACACGGCUACAUCGCGCAACAAGCGUCCCGUGAUGAUUUGGAUUCACGGAGGAAGCUUCGCCACCGGCAGUGGGACAGGCAGGGACUUCUCCUACGACGACCUGGUCCGACAUGACGUCAUCGUUGUAUCGGUCAACUACCGACUCGGACCCUACGGGUUCUUAUGCUUGGACAGUCCUGAUAUUCCCGGCAACCAGGGUUUGAAGGAUCAAGCUCUUGCUCUCAGAUGGAUUAAGGAAAAUAUCGAAGCGUUCGGCGGAGAUGUCUCUAAAAUAACCUUAUUCGGAGAGAGUGCUGGCGGCGUCGCUGUCGAUCUACACUUACUGACCGACAAAGAUGAACUGUUCAAUCAGGUGAUCAUUCAGAGUGGAUCUGCUUUCUUUGCUGGGGGUAUUAGAAAACCUAACAACCGUGUUCCAAUAGAAAUAGCGAGCCAACUGGGAUUCGAAACUGAUAACUUCGCAGAGGCGAUAAAGUUUCUGGUCGAUCAAGACCCCCACCUGGUGGUCGCAGCUAGCACUUCUCAAAGAUCUACCUUAGGAGGCAAUACUCUCAGACCUUGCCUAGAGAACAAAUACGACGGAGUUGACAGUUUUCUUUCCGACUUUCCUGAAAAUUUAAGGGCUAGAAACAUUCCUGCUAUUUAUGGAGUAAACAAUAAAGAAUUUCUUACAUUACAUGCUUUUGUGACCCCAGAAGAUUACGAGGUGACAGGAAUUCGAGCUUUUCUGGAACGGGCUUUCAACUUGACCGAUAGCGAGAUGGAAGACCACGUGAGACAUUUCUACAUCGGAGACGAGACGCUGACCGAGAAGUUUUUCGAUGAGUUUAUAGAUUUUGCAUCGGACUAUUACUACAACUACGGCGUCCAGCGGUCUAUUAAGAAGUCAUUGGCAGACGGUAACAAGGAGGUAUAUUACUAUGUGUUCUCGUACGACGGAGGCAGGAAUGCCAUGAAGCAGUACCUCGGCAUAACGGCGGAGGGCGCUGCGCACGCGGACGAGCUCGGCUACCUGCUGGCCGUGGAUGCGGUCCCGGGACAACACAUCGCCGAGGAGGACCAACUGAUCAUCGACAGGAUCACUACUCUUUGGGCUAAUUUUGCUAAAUACGGCAACCCCACCCCUGAGCCGACGGACCUGCUGCCGGUCGUGUGGACGACAGUAGAAGGUAACAAGCGGCCGUAUCUGGACAUCGACACCGACCUGCAGCUCAGAAGCAGGCCCUUCCACCACCGGAUGGCCUUCUGGGAUCUCUUCUAUAAGCUCUAUGGAGAAUUGGAGCGCAGAAACUAGCAGCCGAAAUAAAAAAUGAACCAGUACGAGAUACGGUUUAUACGACGACAAGAAUAUAAACUGAUGACCAGGAUGCUUAUAUAUAUAAAUAUAAAGUCAACAUAAAUUGAACCUUAUGUA